CUCUUCUUAUUCCCAUCCCUCUCUCUCUCUCUCUCUCUCUCAUUCUUAACUGAAACUGACUGAUCGACCCAGUUCCAGUGCGUUUGUUGAUCAAACGCCAUCUUCCACCACCGCCGUGAGCUCACCCGCCAUACCGCCGCCGGUCGGUCGAACUGCGAUGGACGCGUCGGAGAGUGCCGUGCGGGCGUACAGUUUCGGCCUGGACGAGUCGUAUCGGCCACUCCCCUCCUUGUACUUGGCCUUCCUGUUGAUCUGGUUCGUCUCCACUUGCUGUUGGACCUUUAACACCUACCGGAACCGCCAUUUUCAGCAGACAAACAAUUUGCAGUGGACGCUUGCAUCCGUACCGUUGAUCAAGGCUCUGCAGCUUUCUCUUUCUUUCCUCUUCUGGUAUUCAUGCUUUUAUCUUCAAAGGUGUUCUCUGUGGAUGUCUUUUGGGGUAUAUGUAACAGGAGUGCUCUUUCAGACGGCUUCUUUCAUUUCUUUCUUGCUUAUAUCUCAUGGCUAUUGCAUCACUUGUGAACGCCUCUCUGUAAAUGAGCGCCGUACAACAGCGGCACUUGGCUGCAUCUUCUACCUUACUCUCGUCGGUUAUAGAGCUUCGGUACCAUAUUUUGCGGUGCUUCUGCUGCUCAAUUAUUUUUUUUCCUUUUAUACAAUAUUUUACCAUAUAUCUCAAAACUUAUCUGCAUUAAGAGAACAGUUAACUUUUAUCGAGGAUGAAGAUGUUCAUGCAAUGCAUGAUGCUGUGUAUAUGAAAUACCUCAUGUUCAAGAAAUUCCAGGGGGCGAUGCAUAUAGUAGCCAUGGCCGAGAUAGUUAUAUACAUUAAUAUGGAUAACUCGUCAGAGAAUUACUGGCUACGAUUGUUAGUUCGAGAAUGGGCAAUAUUCUGCAUCUUCCUUUAUAUCGGGUGGACGUUCAGAUCACAGGACUUGGCACCUCGCUUUUCCGUAAUGCCAGCCCUAAAAUCAAAGAGGGAAAUCAUUAUUCCCCCCAUCUACAGUAUUGAAAUGGAUGCAGCAACUUUCAAAGAUAUUAGCAAUCACAAGUGGCAUAUUGGGGUGCCAACUUGUCAAAGUGGUGAUGGGAGCUCAAAGGAUCCAAUUCUGGUGGUCAUUCAGCAUCCCGACUCGUACAGGUUGACAGCUCCCGACACCUCUUCUCAAUCUUGAGUUCUUGGCAAAACACUCGGCACUAACUCGUAGGGUAAAACCUAGAAAGCUGAAGUAAACAUGCUCAGAUUAAACUAGAGGCAGCUGCUCGGAAUCAGGAUGAGUUGGCCCAAGAGCAGUGAGGAGCUUUAUGUUUCUUCUACUGAUAUGGUGGCUUAAGUGCAUUUUACCAUCACAGAUUUGCGAAGCAAAUGUUCGGAAAUGGCGGAUUGGUUCUUAGUUGAUUCACUGGCAGAGCCUGAAAUCAUGUAUUAUACUGCCUCUGAAUGGCAAUUGUACAUUCUUCUUCUUCUACAUAUGUUUGAAAUGCAAGGAGGACUACAUUACAUUAUAUAUAGUCUGAAAAUUGUGAUUUUGCUUCUUU